AUGUCAAAAAAAUUCAUGUCGAAGCCGCCAGCCCAAAGGAGGGCCAGGAGCGGCUUUAUAACGGAUUGCGUCUACGAGGAAGACAUGCAUAUGCCAUGUGCUAUAAAGCCUGCUCAUCUCGCCGAUAUUCUACCUUUCCAAUACCAGCCGGCAACAAGCAGACAGAGCCACCCCGACCCUCUUCCAGAAGGUACAAAAAAAGCUAGAAAGCAUGUGACAGAUCGUGAUAUUGAGAAGCGUCUGAGCCAUAAUAUGUUGCUGUCGGCGAACAGUUUUGCGGAGUGUGAGAGCGCUAGGAAACGUGGUGAUAAGGUUUUUACUCAGACACAUGGCGAGAGAUGCCACAUAGUUGAGGUUUUCUUUGAGGUCGACUUGGACAGUAUGUCCUCCAAGCAAAAAACCGACUUCCAGACUGAUCACUAUCCAACGAUCAAGAUGCCUGCUGGGGCGGUCUAUGCCGCGUUAGACUGCAACCUCCGCCGCAUUUUCGUCUACUUCAAUAAGGGCAUAGAGGCCGUAUACGGCGCUCAGGUCGGCCAGUGGGUGCUGGACGCCACCAAAUGGAAUAUUGAAGAAUACACUCAUAUCAACCCCCCAAAACUCCCGAACGUCAUUAUUGACUGGGAUGCCUUCCUCCUCUCCGAUCCCUGGGGUUACUUGGAGCGAGGGCACACAGCGGGCGUGUAUCAUUGGGGCUGCUGGAGGGAGUCGGAGAAGGAUUUUUGCCUGACGACAGACACCAUAAUGGUCCCUCCUCUCGUUAAGCCAGUAUUGCAUAGCUUCACGAAAACUCUUGGAAACAUGACACGUGCACACAGGAUACUGUUGGGCGCGGUGGAUAAGGACUAUAGAGACAAGGGUGAGAGAAUGAUUACAGAUAUGCGGAUGGGGUUGAAAUUUCCGUGGGUUACGGAUGAGAAGGAUUGUUUCUCGCUCCGCACAUGCAUGGUCAAUGUGCAAACUGAUCCGUAUUAUGGAGAGGCAUUUCCGAAUGAUGAGGAUGCAUGGCUCGUGAUGACACCGCUGGGAGGAUUUGAGGGCGGAGAGCUCUCCGUGGACCGGGACAAGGUACAGUCUGGAAUGCUUGCAGAGUAUGCAAAUCCCGGAGUGGGCAAAGAUUAG